UCUAUGGUCCCUGCUGCGCUUCCUGGUUGAAAACUUUGUGGCUAUGGAACAAAAAUCUUGGACAAAUCCGCUGUCAGGAGAAGGAAAUUGUCUGGGGAGCAGAGACAAGCAUUCGCAGCAGCGCAAGGUGUAUCUAGAUUACAAUGCGACUACUCCACCCGCAGCAGAAGUGGUUGAGGUGGUGACAGAAGCUUUGCUAGAAGGUUGGGGUAACCCAAGUAGCAGUUAUACUGCAGGAUGCAAGGCCAAGGAAAUGAUAGACACGGGACGGGCGCAGAUUGCAAGAAUGGUGGGUGGAAAACCAGAGGACAUCAUCUUUACCUCCGGAGGCACAGAAGCCAACAACAUGGUGCUGUUCUCAGCAGUGGAACAUUUCAGCGCUGCUGCCCCAGGAAGAAGCAGUAAUGGAGCAGACGGGGCUCUGCCGCACAUCAUCACCUCAAACGUGGAACACGACUCCGUGGCACUACCGCUGCUUCACUUGCAGAGGACUCAGAAAGCUGAAGUGACCUUCGUGCCGGUGUCUACUUUGACUGGUCGUGUGGAGGUGGAAGAUAUCAUUGCAGCUUUGCGUCCCAACACUUGUCUAGUGUCCAUCAUGUUGGCAAAUAACGAAACUGGCGUUAUCAUGCCUAUAGGUGAGUUGUCCCAACAUUUGGCUUCUAUUUCCCAAAAACGGGCUGCGCAGGGGCUUCCCAAAAUUCUACUGCACACCGAUGCUGCCCAGGCUUUGGGGAAGGUGGAGGUUGAUGUCCAGGAGCUGGGUGUGAAUUACCUGACGAUUGUAGGGCACAAGUUCUACGGACCACGUAUCGGUGCCCUGUACGUGAAUAGCGUUGGUCAGACGUCCCCUCUGCUUCCGAUGUUGUAUGGAGGAGGACAGGAGCGCAACUUCCGCCCGGGGACAGAGAACACGCCAAUGAUUGCUGGGCUGGGGAAGGCUGCGAACUUGGUGUCCUUACACGUCAGUUCAUACAAUGCACAUAUGACGAGUGUGCGGGAUUACCUGGAGCAGAGGUUAGAGGCUGCGUUUGGUGAAAGGAUCUGUUUUAACUCUCGCUUCCCUGGCACAGAGCGGCUUCCAAAUACCUGCAAUGUAUCGUUGCUGAGACCAUCCAUUCUAGGUCGCGAGUGGCUGUCCCAGUGCCGUUACCUGCUGGCUAGUGUUGGAGCUGCUUGUCACUCAGACCGAGGAGAUAGCCCAUCUCCAGUGCUGCUGAGCUGCGGGAUACCCCAUGAAGUGGCACGGGGGGCAGUGCGUCUUAGUGUUGGAAGAGAGACUUCUAAAGAAGAUGUGGACCUGAUCAUCAAAGACCUUCAGAAAGCUGUGCAGCAUUUUGAAACACAGCAAACACAGUGAAAGGAAGGCCUUCAGGCCCAAAACGUAUUGUGUUGGAGGUGUUGGGGGGGGCAUGGGUGUCUGUACAGAUAUAGGAAGGUGACCAUUAGGUUAUGGGGUAAAUGCCCCUUUUUACAGGGUGCGUUUUUUUGGGGGGGAGAACAGGGACCAUAAUACCAAACUUUUUCAUUUUUUUGAUUGUGUCGAUAGAUUUAAUCUGGUCAUAUUAUGAAAUUGUCAUGAAAUGGAGGAAUCGGAAUCUGAAGCAUAACUAUCUGGCCCCUUUAGUCUAAAUGGCAUAAACUGAGAAUUGCACUACA